CUGAAAUGAUUUUCUCCAAUUCAAUCAUUUAUCUCCCCUCUCAAACAACAACGUUCUGAUUUUUUAAUGACGGAAUGAACUGGCAAAGCAUCUUUGCUUGGAUUAUAAGGCUCCCCUUUUAAGCUAGCCCUCCCACUUUACUGUCCACUUAGGAAUUCAGGCUCUCUCACUUUUGCAGCUCGGUUGAGUUUUCUUUUUCUUCGAGGUUCCUCGACAAUACUAGGGAAAUCGAGUUUGUGACAAUGGGAAGGCAACCUUGUUGUGACAAGGUCGGAUUGAAACGAGGACCGUGGACGAUCGAGGAAGAUCACAAGCUCAUGAAUUUUAUUCUCAACAAUGGUAUCCAUUGCUGGAGAAUGGUACCUAAACUUGCAGGGUUGCUGAGAUGUGGGAAAAGCUGUAGAUUAAGAUGGAUCAAUUAUCUAAGGCCGGACCUUAAGCGAGGUGGUUUUACUGAAGCUGAAGAGAAUCAAAUGAUUCAACUCCAUUCAUGUCUUGGUAACAGGUGGUCUAAGAUUGCUUCACAUUUUCCUGGCCGGACAGAUAACGAAAUCAAAAACCACUGGAAUACCAGAAUCAAGAAGAGGUUGAAGCACCUUGGCGUAGACCCUUUGACCCACAAACCAAUUGAGGAAAAAGAAAAUGUUGAAGAAAAUAAAGAGACAAUUACUCAACACUCAAACAUUACUUCUUCAUCAUCAGAAGAAGGACUAGAAGAGUCACGAGGCACUGGCUUGGAGGCUAAGCUACUGGAAGAUAGUAAUGGAAACAAAGGGUUUCCAGAAUCCGAUGAGAAAUCGAGAAAUGAGGUUCAGUUAACCACGUUGGAUGACGCGAAUGAUAUUGAAAACUAUGAAGUUUUUUGUGGAAGCUUGGAUUUGGGAACAUUGAUGUUGAACCAAGGAUUUCCCAACACCAGCAGCAUGUCUAAUUCGUAUAGUACCUCGUUUUCGGUGGAAAAUUCUAACAACGCUUCUAUUUCGAUAGGGGAAACCAUGCAGGAAAAUUGUCUUCAACAGUGGGUUGAUAGUGUGGAUUCCAUGCUCUCAUGGGAUGGCUUCAAUACUUUCGGACAAGACCUUUUCUAUUUUUGA